UUGAGUUUUGUAAAUAAAAGACUCAUCAUUUUUUCACUUUUUUUUUUCUUUUGUGAAAGUAAAAUUCUACAUUAUUAACAGUGUUAAUAAGUUUCGAUAUUUAAGAAACUGCAACCGAAGUCUUUAAUCCGUUAUUUCCAAAAUGCAGCUACUGUUUACAAGUUCUUCCUUCAAUAUCAUGUAUAUUAGCUUUAUGUGUUCGAUUUCUAUGGAGAAUGACAAACUGAGGCAUUAAAUUUUCGAUCAGAUUUAAGUACAAAUAUUGUGUUGUAUGUUCUUCAUACUUUAUUUUAAAAGGGAAGCUAACGUCGGCUGUUACAGUCUCAUAUAUUUAAAAUGGUUACCUGUAAUGAUAAAGAUGUAAAACUCUGGCCGUUGGUUUGCAGACUGAAGUCUCAAUAGAUAUUUUUCUGAUUGUCCAGAGAUCUUUUGUGCAGCAUUUAUCUGCCAAUACUCUGAGAAUACUUCUUUAAAAUGGCAGAUGUAAGAGCUGAAAUACUGGCUGCUAGUCGAUCUCGCACAGGGUGGCUUGAUGGUACUGUGCAGACUACCGAGAGCCAACCUUUUGUGAGUAAAGUCAAAUCAAAUUUUGAGGAGAAAACUAUAAAUCAGGAUAAUAAAUUAUCUUCAAAUGCUUGUAAAUCUGAAGCUGUGCGUAGAUUAGGAAGUAAAGUUAGUUCCAUAGCAACUUUAUUUCAGUCUUUUUCGCCUCAUCGAAAUGAUUGUUCCAAAUCAUCUAAUGUUGCACUUGUAAAUAGAGGAGGAUCUGAAAAGAAUGUACAAAAGACUACUAUUUCUGAGCAAGCUAAUAAGAUAGAUUCUGAUUCUGAAUAUAAAUGUUUUACUCAAGGUGAAAAUGAAAGUCACCAGAAACGGUUUAACAGUGCUCGUGCCAUAUUUGAACAACUUGGGGAAAAGAGUAAAGAAAAUAGCAGACUGUCUGAUUCUUCUAGAAAUGAUUCCCUUCAUUUAGAGGAUGCCAGUUCAUCAAAAUAUUCCAUGCAGGAGAAAGAUAAUGUAUCAUCUCAGUCAAAUAGAUACUCUAGUCAAUCUUCUCCUGAUGAAGAACUCUACAGCACACCAUUUUGUCAUAAUUCUUUUGUUCAUAGUGCAGGAGUACAAUUUGAGGAUGGAAGGAGUUCAAAAACUGUGUCUGAAACCUCAUCUAGUCUACACAGUGAAAGACAAAAUCAUAAAUUUUUGUCUGACUGUACAAGUAACUUCUCUUCACAAUACUCACAGAUUUAUGAAGAAAUUCCUCCCAAAGAUAGUUCCAAAAAUUCUAGGAUUUUGACUCCAAAAACUUGUGAUCAUUUUGAUAGUAAUAUGAAAGCAAAAGAAGAUAAAAAUGCCAAUACAACUAAUUCUUAUAAUGAAUGCUUCGUCGCCCAUUCUAAUUCAAAUUCUAUCGAAGCUGAUGUUGAUUCAUCAUUUCCUAUAUAUGCCAAAGUUGUAAAGAAGCGUUCUAAAGUAGUAUCAAACUUUAACCAUGAUACAGAAGCAGAACAAAGCAGUGCUGCACCUGCUAAUGUGGAUGUCGUCAAAACUGCAGGCUAUAAAUCAGCAGAGGCAGAAAAGUUUGAAGUACCUGAUAGAAGAUCUGAAGCUCAUCAGAAGAGUUGGGAAAAUCUUGGUAUUUCUAGUUCUAAUGUCUGGAAAAAGAAAGCCUCUGAAAAUUCCAGUGAUCAAGAUGACAAUGAAGCUGAAGGAUUUUAUGGAAUAUCUAGUGAUUUACGAGAUGCUGCUGGGGAAACAUUAGCAGAAUUUGAAUCUAGAGAGCAUGAACUAUUCUUUGUUGAAGCUGUGUUAAGAUCUCAGCAUCAAGGCAAUUUAGAUGAACCAUUUCCAAAUCAUAAACAUAGCACUUCUUCUGACUCAAAAGUAGAUUUCAUGACACAGGAAGAAGCUGAUCACUUUUUGAGCAGCAGGUAUUGGUAAAAUUCCUAUAGAUUGUUUUUGCAUGUAAGAUAUUAAGUCGAUUCAUAAAUAACAAAAUUAUAUUAAUUUAUUUAAAAUCUUUUUUACCUUUAAAAGGUCUUAAUCAAAGUCAGAAGAACGUCCUG